GCUUCUUUUGUUCACGAGACUUCCGCGGUUACGCCGCUUUCACGUCACGGAGAAAUACUUCCGUUGAGCAGCUUCGGCGGGUUGUAAACCGCCUCAGUCGACAUUUAACGCGGCUCGAAGGCGUCGGCAUGUGGCGGCUCUGUGUUCGCAGGUUGAAAGGCUGUUCAUCAUGAAGAAGCGAGCCAACAAGGUGCCGGAGGAGGAGCAGAACUUGUGCUGCUGCGAGUAUGUGAACCGGUUCGGGGAGCGCAGCCAUGUGGGAGCCUGCUGCUGUGACUGUGAGGACCUGGAUGACGCCUGCGACCGGUUCCUGAAGAGGGAGCCUCAGAAACCCGAAUCCCUGUCACAUGUGGCCGCAGACGUCACGGACCGCCUCCGCGUGCCUUGGCUGUGGGGCGGCGCCCGAAAAGUAGACCUGACCGUCAUCCCUCCUCUUCUCCUCCUGCCGGUCCUUCUGCACGUCGCCGCUCUCCACUACCUGCUCGGCAUGGUGGUCCUGACGGCUCUGCCCGGCCUGGUGCUGUGGUACUACUAUUUCACCCACCGCAAGAAGGGACAGACGCUCUUCUUCCUCAGCCUGGCCCUCUUCUCCCUGGCGUACAUGUACUACUUGUUCGUCACCGAGGUGCUUCCCGACGGGGACGUUGGUCCGGUCCAGCUGGCCGUGGUAACUGUCGGGGUCACGCUCACCCUGGUAGCCCUCGUCCUCACCAAGAGAGGACCCGGCAUCGUGCGGCCGAACCGGGAGGCUGUCCACAGCACGGUGACGUACUACACUCCCGCGGCGGACCGAGACCCCGCCGUCAACGGCGGGAGGCGGGACGUGACCAUGACCGUGGCCAGCCGGGCGGGUUCUCCGGAGGGUUCGGGGGCGGAGCUGAAGGAAGGCGGGCGGAGGAACUGGUGCGCGACGUGCAGGGUGGAGCGCCCCCCGAGGGCGGGACACUGUCGGAUCUGCGGUGUCUGCGUGCUGCGCCUCGACCACCACUGCGUUUGGAUAAACAGCUGCGUGGGGCAGACCAAUCACCGCAGCUUCCUGCUUACGCUCGUCCUCUUCCUGUUGACGUCGCUGUACGGGAUCAGCCUGGUGCUGCAGAGUGUGUGUCCCAAUCAGCACCUCUUCCUUGCCCUGCUCUACUGCCCGGGGGUCUACGAGCAGUCCAGUACUGCACUUCGCUUCACCUGUGCAUGGUACAGCAGUAUUGUGACCUGUGGUCUGCUCCACCUGCUGAUGGUGCAGGUCAUCAACGUCAGUCACAACGUCACCGAGCGCGAGGCCCGCGAGGCCCUGAGGGACAAAACCGCUCGCACCGCCUACUGGGGACUCGUCAUCGACACGGGCGUCUACUCUAAAGGUUUCCGUGGCAACUGGGCCCAGUUUCUGACCAUGAGAGAAAACCCGAAUCCACCCUCUCCUGCCCCAAUAAACCCGGUGUAAGAGGCUGCUUCCCAACCCUGAUAUUGAACCACGAGUCUGCAGCUUGUGGCUGCUGUUCCUGUGCAGGUCCACUGGGUGGCAGCAUGGAGCUUUGCUCUGAUUUCCCCUUCUGGUUGCAGCACUGCUUUUACUCCCGGGUUAAAGUUAUUUAUUUUUGGACACAGCAAUGAAAACUGCAAUAAGAUACAAUCACUUCCAAUGAUGUCACCCACAACGGGCAUCUCCUCUUUGCAGCUGUGCAGACUCACUGACCUCAAAUCACUCGUCACGAGUGUUUCUGUGAAACAAAAAUGGUCUUCUCUGGAUUUCAACAUUGUCUCUGUGUGUCUUCCACAUUCUAGUGUCUUGCUGGGCGUUGUCUAACAAAAGUGUGAGACUGAAUAGUUGCUCUGGUCCCUCGUAAGGACGUGUUCUCUGAGCACGGCGGCAGCAAGCGACAUGACGCCUCAGUGACGCACAAUACACGGGCUGACCAUCUUUUUUAAAAUGCUCCUCCCGCACACUCUGUCCUCCACAAACACCUGCGGCGUUCGCAGAGGAGCGUUCCUAAUUUGACCUUGUGGGUGUCAUGGAUUAUUUAUCACCGAUGAAUGAAACAUCUCAGCACGAGCCAGAUCAUCAUUAAUUAAAGUUCUACAGUUUGUCAUUGCAUUUAACAUGAUGAAUGAUCGGAUGUCCAUGAAUAUAUUAAGUUACUUUUAUUCUCUUAUCUGGUUUAAACGGAAAUCCUGAAUUAUUUAUAAGCAAACACACCAGUUCACAUUAACGUCACCUUGAGAAGUUCGCACUCCGGGACAUUAAAGGACUGAAUCCUAAAAGUUGUAAUGGUCUAGUUGUGUUUGUAUGAAAUUAUUUAUUUGUAUUAAAUGAUUGAGAAUC